AUGAUUUGUUGUAAACAUUAUUCAUUCAAUCUUGCAUGUCCUUUCGGAGAAGUUGUAGCUAGUUUUGAUAUAAAUCUUAUAGCAAAUGCUACGUACAAGCACAAUUUUGGCAAAACUCCUGUGACGAAAGGAAUUGAUUUUUUAAGUGUUAAUGAUAUUGAGAGAUAUGAUGCAAAUUGUUGGUUAAUGAGUCCGCCAUGUCAACCAUAUACACGUGGUGGAAAGGGGUUAGAUGAUCAAGAUCCAAGAGCAAAAGGGUUACUUCAUUUGAUUGAUGUUUUGCCUAAAUUAUCUAAUCCACCUGAUUAUAUUUUUCUUGAAAAUGUUCUGAAUUUUGAGAAAUCAAAAUCUCGAGAAAAACUAAUUACUCAAAUAUGUUUAAUGAAUUACGAAAUUCAUGAAUGUUUAUUAACUCCUUUACAAUUUGGUAUUCCAAAUGAUCGAUUACGAUAUUAUUUGAUGGCACGAAAAAUAUCAACUUUUAAUAAAUCUGAGAAAGUAAUCACAUCACAAAAAUAUUUUGAACAGGCAAUGAUAUAUACAUCUUGGCCAUUUGAAUGUAUGUUGAAUAAUAAUAAGGAAAAUAAUAAAUGUCAUCACUGGAAGCAGCAACAAGGUCAACAACCUUUAGAAUUUAAUGUUCCUGAGCUGAACAGCUAUAUUGAAAGUUGUUUGGAUGAGAAAGAAUUAAAAAAAUAUCUGGUUCCUGAAAAGAAUAUUUUGAAAAGCUUUAAUUUUAAAUUUGAUAUUGUAAGGCCAACUGAUAAAAGAUGUUCAUGUUUUACAAAAUCUUAUGGUAGUCAUCAUGUAUUUGGAAGUGGUUCACUUAUACAAACUAAAAAUUUAGAGUUUACAGAUUACGAGUUUGAAAAUCCCAAAUCAUUACUCGAACUUGGAUUAAGAUAUUUUACGCCAUUAGAAAUUGCUAAAUUACAUGCAUUUCCUUCGAAAUCUGAAUUAUCAAAAAGUCCUAAUAGAAAAAAUGAAAAUAGGCUUGAUUCUUUUAACAAUAAUUAUGCCCCAAAAUUGUUUAAUGAUUUUGAAUUAAUGCAAUCAUCAAAUUAUUUGGAAUUUCCUGAUGAUAUUAGUUUAAUUCAAAAAUAUAGAUUGUUGGGAAAUAGUUUAAAUGUAUUUGUUGUUUCAGAAUUACUAAGAUGCGUUUUAUUUAAUUUACAAGUAUGGAUUUGUGGUCUUUUCAUGCCUGAAGCAUUUAUCACGGCCACCCGCCAAGCAGUAGCACAAAAACAUAAAUGGUCUUUAGAAGAAUUAGUAUUAGAAAUUGCUCUCAACAAGAGUGGAGAUCCUGAUUCUUUCGUAUUAACUGGGUUUAAACUUGAAGAUACGUUUUACCAAGCACUGAAUGGAAAGACAAUCAUAUGGGUCUUUGUGCAAGUCGAGGAAGCUACACCAACUACUGAAGCAACUAUAAACCUUCCAGUUUAUCUUAAUGAAGAUCGUUCUGAUUUGCUCUUUAUUGUUAAUAUUGAAAGCAAAAGUUACUGA